CCAAGGGCUUAAGGGAGGUUUUGCAAGUUCAUCGGCUUCCAUAACAUUCUCUCUCUCGAUUCAUGGGCUCUCCUCUGUAAAACCCUAACUUUUUGAGCUUUUUAGGGUUUCUCACUCGCUCUGAAACUUUGAGGGUUUCGUCACCUCUCUAAACCACACUUCCCUCUUUUGUCAAGCACUCUCUCUCUAAAGCUCAGAGCUCUCAUCCAUCUUUCUCUCUCUCUCCUUACUUUAGGGUUUUCAUCCUCUCCCGUAUCCAUUUGGUACUGUUUCAGCUGAAUAACCUCGCAGCAAUUUCUGAGGCUUAUCCAUUUCGUUGCAAACCCUAGAAAGCGCAAGAAAUUUGUUCUCUCUCUUUACUUUACGGUUUUCAUCCUCUCCAUUAUCCAUUUGGUACUGUAUCAGCUGAAUAAACUCGCAUCAAUUUCUGAGGCUUAUCCAUUUCGUUGCAAACCCUAGAAAACGCAAGAAAUUUGUAGAGAAAAUGAACAUCCUCUUGCAGAGAGCCGUAAGAGCCGCUUCCAUGUCUUCAGUGACGAAGCAGGCACUCACUGCUGUGAUUUUGCUCGAUUCCUCUCGGAUCUUUGUGAACCAGUACACAUCCUCUGCAAUUGCGACUCGCCAAAAUGGAGAAGUUCCCCUUCCUUUGUCGUAUAUUGGAUCAUCAAGGAAUAUUCAUGUUUCAGUUGGUCCUCUUGGGUUCAGGGUUUCUCCUAAUUUAUGUGCUGAAUAUGCGGUUGAUGACCUCUAUGACGAUGAAAGCAUUCCUAGCAAGAACGCUGGGGAUAAUGAUGAAGGGCUUGAGAUUGCGAAGCUUGGGGUAUCCAGUGAGAUUGUCUCUGCUUUGGCCAAGCGUGGAAUUACAAAGCUUUUCCCUAUCCAGAAAGCUGUCUUUGAACCAGCAAUGCAGGGGCGUGAUAUGAUUGGCCGGGCCAGAACAGGAACUGGAAAAACUCUAGCUUUUGGGAUGCCUAUCAUGGACAAAAUUAUUCAGUUCAAUGCCAAGCAUGGGCGUGGAAGAAAUCCUUUAGCCUUGGUUUUGGCUCCCACAAGAGAGCUUGCUCGUCAAGUUGAAAAGGAAUUCAAAGAAUCUGCCCCAGUCUUAGAUACGAUAUGUGUUUAUGGAGGCGUGCCUAUAUCAUCUCAGAUGAAUACUCUUGAUUAUGGUGUUGAUGUAGUUGUGGGGACACCUGGACGUAUUAUUGAUCUUCUUAAGAGAGGUGCCUUGAACCUGUCAGAGGUGCAGUUUGUUGUUCUUGAUGAGGCAGAUCAGAUGCUUGCCGUGGGCUUUGAAGAGGCUGUUGAAAUAAUUCUGGACAAAUUGCCCCCAAAGCGUCAGAGCAUGAUGUUCUCAGCAACAAUGCCAAGCUGGAUUAGAACGUUGACACAGAAAUACUUGAAGGCUCCAUUGACUGUAGAUCUUGUUGGUGAUUCAGAACAGAAGUUAGCAGAAGGAAUAAAACUAUAUUCCAUUUUAUCAGAUAUUUAUGGGAAGGCUUCUAUUCUUGGACCUCUGAUAACUGAACACGCUAAGGGAGGGAAAUGCAUUGUUUUCACUCAGACAAAACGUGAUGCUGAUCGGCUGGCAUAUGCUAUGGGACGGAACUUGAAAUGUGAAGCUUUGCAUGGUGACAUCUCACAGAACCAGAGAGAAAGGACCCUUUCGGGCUUUCGAGAUGGUCGUUUUAACAUUUUGGUUGCAACUGAUGUUGCUGCUCGUGGGCUCGAUAUACCGAAUGUUGAUCUGAUUAUUCACUAUGAGUUGCCAAGCACUUCCGAGAUAUUUGUUCAUAGAUCUGGGAGGACAGGGCGUGCAGGUAAGAAGGGAACUGCAAUUCUGAUUUACACAGAUCAGCAAACAAGGGCUGUCAGGGUCAUUGAACAAGAUGUUGGAUCUAAAUUUACAGAGUUGCCUAGAAUUAAAGUGGAGGGUGGUGAUCGCGAUAUGUUUGGUGAUAUUGGUGGUGGUCGAUUUGGAAGCGGCAGUCGUUUUGGUAGCACAGGCUUUGGCCGAUCAGGGGGCUUUGGUGAUUCAGGAUUUGGUCGUUCAAGUAACCGCUCUGGUAGUUUUGGUGCUUCUGGCUCAGGUCGCUCUAGUGGAUUUGGUGACUUUGGAUCUGGCCGUUCUGGUGGCUUUGGCGGGUCUGGAUUUGGCCGCUCGAGUGGCUUUGGAGAGUCUGGUUCAAGCAGCUUCGGUGGUUCGGGUUCAAGCCGAUCUGGUGGUUUUGGUGACUCAGGUUCGAAGCGUUCUGGUGGUUUUGGUGACUCUAGUUCGAGCCGCUUUGGUAGUUUUGGUGGAUUUGGUGGAAAUAGCUCGCACAGCGAUCGGAAACCUGGGAAACGCUCCUUCUAAUUUUAUCCCAAGUUUAUCACUGUGUUGAGUUGAGUACCCAAGAAACAGAUCGAGUAUGUAAAGUUUAUUGAGCAUAUCAUGUUUUCACACUCGAUGGAUUUAGGACUACAAUUAAUUUUAAAGUUCCUUAUUUAAAGUAGUUUCAAGUCUAGGUAAUUUUACUACAAUAUAUUAUAGAAUACAAAUAGAUGGAAAAGAAUAAGUUCCAGUUCAAUUAGCCUUCUUAGUGUAUUUGGAAGGGGCUGCAAGUUUGUAAAGUAUUUUACCAAUCAAAUCUCGUCUUCUUUACCAAAAUGCCUUUGAUUUAUAA